AAAAGUCAAAUAGCCGUAAAGCAGCUUAAAUUCGAAAAUUCUCUGGUAAUACGAAUUGUUAAAAGAACUAGUUGAUAUCGAGCAAGCCGUGAGACGCCUGGCGGAGAAACGUCAAAAUCAGACCGAACGUCAGGCCGUCGAACGCGAUUCGCACGGGUGUAUUCGUCGAGACGCGAAACGUCCACUUCUAUGACGUCCGAUUUGGACCCGAACGCUCCAGUUUUUACCCCGCCUCCGAAAAACUUAAGCAACCUGCUCAAAUGUGUACUUUCUUCGCCGUCGUCAGCGUCGAGUUCGUCGACGCCGGAGCCGCAAUGUUCCAGAUAUUCUAGGAAAUCUGCGAGGCAGCAGGCGCUGAACGCUACCUCGACCCCGAGACCGAUUCUCGGGGCUAAACUCCCGUUUCCCAGACCGAUAUUGGGCAGGAAAGAGGACGACACGAGAGACGAGGCCGAGGAGUAUAUCGGUAAAGAAUUCAGGAACAUGAACCGUCGAUUCCGGAGGGUGAGACUGGAAGACGACGAAGAGAACAAAGAGAAUCGCGACAAUCGCGAUAAUCGGAAGACGGAAACUUUCGUUUAAAAUACCGCUUCCUCAAUUUA